AUGCCUCUUGACAUCUCAUGGGGUCUCGACCGAGACGAGCCGGAAUGGGACGUCUGGAAAACGAACGCUGAUACACUGCGCCUCGAUACUGUUGUCAACAAUGAUGAGUAUGCUUGUGACUUCCAGACUCUUAAUGCCCCAAACCCCAUACCCCAUCGCAGCGCAUCUACCUUCACAUCCCCGACGCGGUCCAACGGGUCAUCGAAGCCCACCGCGUCUUCACAACCCCACAAACCCUCGACCCAACCCGACAACCCACUCCCAUCGCCAUCCGUCCAGACAUGGACAACACCUACGUCGGAAACCCACAAUCCCUAUCCGGUUCGUCCGACAUCCAACGCUACACCAUGGCCGUCCAUUGGAUCGGCGCUGGCGCAAACCUGA